AUGUCCUCCAGUGGCACCCUCAGCAACUACUACGUGGACUCGCUCAUAGGCCAUGAAGGCGACGAGGUGUUCGCGGCGCGCUUCGGGCCGCCGGGGUCCGGUGCGCAGGGCCGGCCCGCAGGUGUGGCCGACAGCCCCGCCGCCGCCGCCGCCGAGUUCGCCUCGUGUAGUUUUGCCCCCAAAUCGGCCGUAUUCUCCGCCUCGUGGUCCGCGGUGCCCGCCCAGCCCCCGGCGGCGGCGGCGAUGAGUGGCCUCUACCACCCGUAUGUGCCCCCGCCACCCCUGGCCGCCUCCGCCUCCGAGCCUGGCCGCUACAUGCGCUCCUGGAUCGAGCCGCUGCCCGGCUUCCCGGCGUCCUCGUCCUCCUCCUCCUCCUCCAAACGGACUGAGUGCUCCGCAACCCGGGAGUCCCAGGGGAGCAGCGGCCCUGAGUUCUCAUGCAACUCCUUCCUGCGGGAUAAGGCGGCGGCGGCGGCGGCAGGCACCGGGGCGGGGAUCGCGGCCGGGCCCGGGACGGGCGGCUCGUCAGAGCCCUCGGCUUGCAGCGACCACCCGAGCCCGGGCUGCCCGCUGAAGGAGGAGGAAAAGCAGCAGCCGCAGCCGCCGCAGCAGCAACUUGACCCAAACAACCCGGCAGCGAACUGGAUCCACGCUCGCUCCACGCGGAAAAAGCGCUGCCCCUACACCAAAUACCAAACGCUGGAGCUGGAGAAGGAAUUUCUCUUCAACAUGUACCUCACCCGGGACCGGCGCUACGAGGUGGCCAGGAUUCUGAACCUCACAGAGAGACAGGUCAAAAUCUGGUUCCAGAACCGUAGGAUGAAAAUGAAAAAGAUGAGCAAGGAGAAGUGCCCCAAAGGAGACUGA